CAACACACUGUAGAACAACGAGUACUACACACGCCCAGCGAAGCAACCUUGUGGAGAUCGACAAUCACAUCGCGGUGCACCAGAGACAAGGGACAAAGAGACAACGAGCGCACGCUCACAGGAUAAAGUCUGAGCUCUGCCCUUCUCAAAUCCACCUAACAUGUCGAGCUUAGCUACUCAAGGGGAGAUGAACGGGCACAAGGUUAAAUCUCACCCGGCCCCAGAGUCUCGCGUGGGAGACGAGGGUACGUCCAAGAGGAACAUCACGCGCAAGGGAGGCGCGAAGGGUAAGAACGGUGGCGGCGGCGGCGGGCAGAAGGGCCGGUGGGACCCGACCGAGGACGGCAGCGAGGCCCAAGCGCGGGACGGCAUCGCGGACAAGGGGGACCCUAACUACGACUCCGAGGCUGACGAGCACGACAACAACUAUGUCCUCGUGUCAGACAGCACAGUUAUCGCUCCCAACGCCGUGGCCGGGCCUCUCCACACGCUGCCGGAGUUCAAGAGGCGUCUCAAGACAAUCAUUGAGGAGUACUUCCUGUCCGAGGACAUCAGCGAGGUGCUCCGUUCGGUGAAGGAGCUCAAGUCCCCCGCCUACCACUACGAGAUCGUGAAGCGCGGCAUCAACAUGUCCAUCGACGCCAAAGACCACGAGCGGGAGCUGGUGUCGAAGCUGCUGUCGGACGCCUACCCCGACAUCCUGUCGUCCCGGGAGGUGUGCAAGGGCUUCGAGAGGCUCUUCGAGAUGAUCGACGACAUACAGCUCGACGCUCCCAAUGCAAGGACAUUGGUGGCAUCAUUUUUGGCUCGUGCUGUGGCGGACGAGAUCAUCCCCCCCUCCGUGUUGCGCAAUGCCGCCUUCCUGAGCCUUGGAGGCGAGAUCGUCAAGGGGGCGCGGCGCCUGCUUUCGAGGGACCACGUUCUGUCUAGGCUGGAGCACGUCUGGGGGCCUGGGGACGGUCGCCCCGUGGAAGAGCUAAAGGUGGCCAUUGACCAGCUGCUUGUGGAGUACCUCUUGUCGAGGCAGCAGGAUGAGGCCGCCGCGUGCGUGAAGGAGCUGGACUGUAGUCUCUUCCACCACGAGAUAGUCAAGCGCGCUGUCAAGACGGCUCUCGACAAGACGGACGAUGACCGCACGGCGAUGUCUUCCUUGCUGGCCUACCUUAACAAGAACGAGGUCAUCAGCGACGAGCAGAGCAAGAAAGGGUUCGACAGGCUGUACGAGGCGAAUCUUGCCGGACCUCGUCCUCGACACGCCCGCCGCCCCGAGCUUGCUCACCAAGUUCACGCAGCAGGCCAUCUCUGACGGCUGCUUGCCGGCCGAUUACAAGCCGCCCCCGACCCCAUCUCCCUCCCCUGCCGCGGAAAAUGGGAAGCAGGGUGCUUAGACCUACCUGUAUUUGUCUCUAGUCUAGCCUAGCGUUCGUCGCAGCCAACACACUAAAGAUUCUCCGCCCCUCCCGUGUAUCUUUACGUCUUGAGCAGUGGGCCCCGCACGCCAGCCAGCCUUGGUAGAACGAAUAUGAGAGGGGGGCGGGCCAAAGAAUCUCAAUGAUAAUAUCUACGUUGUUAUUGACGGUGAGGAAGAGGGAGGAGGACUACCCAGGCGUUUGGGAAAGGAGCGUUGGUCGGCGAAGAAUGACUGGUGCUCGAUGUGUGACAGCAAAAUGUGGAUGUCACUGCGGUCGAUGCGGGGUGGAAUGAAAGCUGGAGAUCGUAGGUGGUUUGGUGGCGGGUGACGUGCGUGCUGGACAUGCGUAUGUAUGGGGUGCAUCGUGGCGUUGUGGCCCUUACCUCUCUAACCUCAACCACGGGCGGGGGUUCUACACGCGAGUGUCCGGCGUUCCGUGUCUAUCGUGUUGCUUUCAGAUGAUCUAGUCGGCGUGGGAGAGCGGCGUGCGCUGGUUUGCGUGGUAGUCGGGUGCAGGACGGCCGACGGCGGCGGCAUCAUCAAAAUGUACAGAGUUAGAUCGUGUGGCUUGUGUGUCGACGCAACGUGUGAGGAAGAAGGGAAUUGAGAAAAUUAUAGUAUCAAGCGUGUGUACUGCUGUGCCUGAGAGCAUGCCUGGUUUCGACAGAGCUACCAAGCGGUUAGGCAGUGAACAGCAAAAGUUCUUUCGAGAACAUCUGUCAACAAUCUAUGCAGUGGCGGAUGAGAAGGUUGGUGUCUGGUCCCCGUGCGCGUGUCUGCACGUGUUCUGCGCCGCAUGUACACAUACGUGUGCCAUGUUUGCAGAUCCUGAGAGUCUCAGCUUGGAUUUGAGGUGCGGCAAUCCACAUUCAGGAAAUGUAUUUUUGCAACAUUACCGCUGCCCCAAAAUGCAGCCCGAGUACGACAAUAUGGUCAACCACCACAUGUUGGGGCAUACAUGGGUACUAGAGGAUCACUCCACCCCGAGAAAGAAAGCUCGUAAAUUCUUCAGUCGCUAUCGAGAAAAUCCGCAGGUUCGGCUGAGCCUUCCUACAAGCUGGGUGUCCAUUUCUCACAGUUACGAAAAUCUCCAGGUCAGGAGACAAACGUCCAUAGUGCUCUUCCGGGCAUGUUGCGCCGUUCAUGAUGUGGGAGUGUUUAGUCUUGUCUCAAACCAUCUGUUCUUCCCUCAUGUAGGGUAUACAGAACUCCUCCCUAGUUCAGAUCGUUGUGGUUGGCCCAUCUCUCCGGUUCGAUGAGAGGACCGGGCUCGCGAGCCCUCUUUUCUUCCAGAGAGAUAAAAGAUACAACCAAUAAGAUGACGCAGCUUAACUUGCCACUGACGACCUUCAGCAUAGGUCUACUGCGGUGUUAUGUGAUCAGCCAGCAGCGAUGAUGCGCGAAAAGCAUGCACGCCGCCCCCGUUCCGACCGUAAAUCAUGUUUGGCCCUCUUUGUGGCGCCUUCCGGUAUAUGCCGGGGAGGGGUUGAGAUUGAUAAUGUUGCCAAACCACCUAAGCUCUGAAAAUUCAGUUGUGGGUUGCUGUUGGUGUGUAGAUGCGAUAUUCGGUCUCAGAUUUUUAAUCCGCGGUCGGGAAGGUGGGUUUUCAGCGAAACUUGGUGAUUUGUCUUACUCAAUAUAUAGGGAAACGCAAAUCAGGGGAAACGAACUUUCUGUCCCCCCCCGGGGACAAAACGGGGAUUUGCCCAUAUCCUGCCCAUUUUAAGCGCUUUUUUGACCGCUGUUCCGGUAGAACAAACCCUACAAUUUUUGCAAACUUAACUGGCCACUUUCGACCAGGGGACACGAACUUUAUGUCCCCCCCCCGGGACAAAACGGGGAUUUCCCCUUAUCUUGCCCAUAGUAAAGGGUAGCGCAUAAUACUUGCAAACGUUGCGUUCGACACCAUACCAAAAAAAGCAAGAAGAACAACAAACGUCGACGAGUUCCAUUCUUGUGGUUGGCAGCCAACACAUCCAUCCAUCCCUGGCCCACCUCCGGGAACCUCUUCUUCGCGAUACGUACGCGACCUCUUGAGCGUACGUAUUGCGCUUCCUCCCGCUCCCCCUCCUCCACCUCCCCCUCCUCCCCCCCCCUCCUCGUCCUCCUCCUCUCCCUCAUCUCCCUUCUCCCCACCCCACCCCACCUCCCCCAUGCUCUGGUCAAGCGUAGGCGCCACUGGGGACUCGUCCGAAGAUAUGACCGGAAGAAUAACGCCGGUCAAUUGAGUCCCAAGCGUGCGUCUCCCAACCAUUUCUUUUCCCGACUUCUCCAUCACCU